AUGACCGAGUCCUCCCUCCUCACCACGCAUUCGACACCCAACCACUAUCCGGUCACCGCCGCUCCUUCUCUAGCCUCUCCCAUACCUAACGGCUCUCUGUCCGACACCAACCCUCAAGACGAGGAGGAAUACACCAUCAAAUGCAUAUGUAUCUAUGCCGAUGAUGAUGGUAACACCGUCUACUGUCCUAAAUGCGAUACGUGGCAGCACAUUGAGUGCUAUUACCAUGGCAAAAAGGUACCAGAAGAGCAUUUUUGUGCAGAGUGCUUCCCUCGAGAUCUUGACGCAAAGAAAGCUACCGAACGACAGAGACGGCAUCGAGAAGCCCUUGACGGCGGUGACCGGAAGGUCAAGCGACCCAGUUCCAAGGGUCAGAAGAAGAAGAAAGAGACCGGUGGACCCUCCGACCAGGUGAAUGGGUGGCAUUUACACGACCGCCAUGAAUCCGUGGCCAGUUCAAGAGACGGGCCGCCCGCGAAGAAACCCAAGACAAAUCACCGGACCUCUGGCUCGGUUGUUUCGGUGAAUGGAGAUUCGAGGAAACGGGCGACCUCCACCGCCCAGUCAUACCCGAGCCCUUCCAAAUCGCCUCAAGAUCUUUUCCGCUUCCCUGCCAUCCCUACGUACACCACGGAAUUCCUCGAACUUUACGAACGCGACGAAGGAAAUACCAAUGCUAGGGACAAUGAGCAGACCAUCCAAGCGACCAACAAGCUCUCUGCGUGGCGGACUGAUCCGUCUCUCGUGGUGAGCGGCCCGGGACAACAGCCGAAUGCGAAGUCACCUUUCGUACGCUCCAUUCGGCCACUGGACCAAAGCACUUGGCCGGAGGUUUCGGUGGAGACUCUUCGGAAAACGGACAUCGAGUACGAUGGAAGAUGUCCCACCUGGCGAUUCCUGCGCGUCCAAGCACCGGUCAAGAAAGACGACAUUGUAGGUGAGGUGCGCGGGCAAGUCGGAACGUUGGAGGAGUACUGCCAACAAAAGUCGUCUUCCAACCGAUGGCAAGAGUUGAGGCAUCCGGACCCUUUCGUUUUCUUCCACCCGCACAUGGACAUCUACAUUGACAGCAGAAAAUCGGGCACUCGAUUCCGAUAUCUGCGAAGAUCCUGUCGACCAAAUGUGACGCUGAAGACGUUCGUUUCUGACACUGACGAGACUCAUCACUGCUUUGUUGCCAGCAAAGACAUCCCGGCCGGUUCCGAACUCACCACGACCUGGUUCCUCGACUCGGGAAUGUUCUCUGUCGAUGCAAUCCGCGACGAUUCCGAACAAGCCCAAAGCCGGCGCCUCGACUGGGUGAGCCGCGUCCUUGCCAACUUUGGAGAUUGUGCCUGCGACGCUGGUCCCGCUUGUCCACUCGCCAAGUUUGACCAGCGGUUUCCCGGCCGAUCUUUGGAGGGUGUUCCCAAGGAGAAGGGAGGGAGAAAGAAGAAAAGUAAGAAUAAACAUACCAUUUCGCCCUACAGUACAGGACGUGCCACCAACAGUCGUGCAGGAAGCGAACCCAAAUUGCUCGAUGACGACGAUCCGUUCGACCGCCGAUCUAGCUCCGAAUCCACUCACAGUGGUGCUCAGAGCCGGGACAUCACUCCGGUCACGGUGGCGGCCCUCGAUGCCGACCCCGUUCUGGGGAGCGGGCUGACCGCUCGAGAGCUACGCAAGAUCCAAAUGGCCGAAAAAGCAUUUGCGCAACGGGAACAAGAAAAGAAGGAUCAUAACGGACACGGUCCACAGCGGAAGAAGAAGCGUACGAGCGGAGGGACAACCUCGAACACUCCAAAUGCGAAUACAUCGAAGCCAUUGGGUCACCAUUCGAAUUCGCAUCCACCGACACCCAGCGGACAGCAAUCCAAGUCCACCGAGCCUUCACCCUCUCCCAGAGGCGGUGUAGGUCGUGGCAAAUCGACGGAUGCACCGAAUAGAUCCGAAACCAGGAAUCCACAACCUGUGUAUAUUAGUGUUUCAGUUCAAACGGACCCCGAAGAAUCCGACCUGCCUAUGCCACCGCCCAAGAGGAGAAAAUUCUGCACGCCUACCCAACGGUUACUGAAAAAGCUUUUAGAAGAUCGUGCCAAACAUAGUGGUCAAGAGUGUCCGACGCAAACUUCCCUUGCUCCCCAAGCAACAGAGCCAAAGAUGGCUGCAGACUCGGAGACGCAGGAUGUCGAAAUGAAAGAUGGCUGCUUGGAGAGUAGUGAUGGUCAACCUAUCUCGACGGAGGAGCCGUCUGCACUUGAUUCGGAGAACAGCGGCAGUGGCCCAGUCCGUGUCCACUCCGCAACAUAUCCACUACCAUCACAAGCGGCGCAUACCAUAAGGGCGAUUAAACCUCCGGCCGGGCCUCGGUUACAGUUGUCUACCUUGCCUCCGGUACCAGCGUUUCCCCUGCCCGCCUCUUCAGGUUCAGCAUCAACUGCCACUGCAUCAACUCCCGGCCUGACCACGACGCAGUCGCCUCUUACCAUGACUUCAGCAUCCAGCUCGAACCCGAUCAUAUCAAGUUCGGCGGUGACUCCUAGUCCAGCAAGGAAGAAGCUGAGCUUGGGAGAGUACAGAAGUCGACGGCUCGCGUCAACACCGUCUGCCGAAAAAAGCCAAGCUCAAGCUGGCUUUGGUAGUGUCGAAGGUGGACCAAAAGAUGCCGAGCAAGAACGGCCUUCGCCCAGGACUUCUGAGUCGGCAACAGGUCAUCCUCGACCGAGCGAGGAACUGGCGCAAGACGCCGCAGCCCAAGGAGAAGUAUCAGGGAGUGCAGUGGAUGACACGCCCAUGAAAGAUGAGGGUGACGACGUUGACCAUCGUCCUUUAGGUGCGCCACCGACCGAAGCAGGAUCUACUCAAACGUCUGUGCCUCCCAAAGAGGAGGCGGCAGUCCAGUCGAUGGCCGAGCAUCGUAAGAUGCCCUCGGAAGUGUCACAUGUUCUCGCUCAGCUUGCGCAGUUAUCAGAGAAGUGA